AUGGUUGAGCAAGAGCAGCCGAUGGUCUCGCACGGCCGUGGAGGCCAGGGCAAUAUCGGCCAUUCCUCGAUGGAAUACGUCGACGGCGAGAUCGUUCGCGAAGGCGUGUACGGCGACCAAGGUGACGGGGCGUACUCUGCCGGUCGCGGCGGCGUCGGCAACAUCGGCUCCCCCCGCGUACGCCCCAGCACCAAAGUGCCCCACGAUACCGACAUGAUCCCAGAGCUGGCCGUGCGCAACUCCACGGAUGAGAACUUCCACGUUGGCCGCGGCGGCCAGGGUAACGUCCACCUCGACGAAGCAGCGCGCAAGGAGAAAGAGGAGAAGAAGGCCAAGGGGCUGAUGCAUGAGGGUCUGGCGGAUAAGUUGAAGCAUAAGUUGUUGGGGCGGAAGUAA